AAGAAGCAGCAGCAGAGCCGCUGUGUCUGUCAUUGGUCCUCCCUCGUCAGCUCCAUACUCCCCUCACUAAAACUGAACUCUAGUUUAUUAAAGAUGCCUUUCAUCGAGCUUAAGAGUAACCUAGCGGCCGCUUCAUUCUCUGAGGACUUCGUGAAGAAGCUGUGCUCCUGCACCGCUGCUGCUCUGGGCAAACCAGAGGAGAGGAUGAACGUGGUGGUUAAUCCUGGCUUGCCCAUGCUCAUGGCCGGCUCCAGCUCUCCCUGUGUGAUGCUGUCAGUGUCUGCUAUCGGUGUGACUGACACUGCUGUCAAGAACAAGGAGCACAGUGCAAAGAUCUUUGAGUUCCUCACCAGAGAACUGAGUCUGACUGAAGACAGGAUUGUUAUUCAGUUCCACGCGCUAGAGCCUCACCAGGUGGGGAAGAAGGGAACCGUCAUGAGCUUCUUGUGAAAGACGUCGCCUCCGAUUCAUCUCACAAUCUCAUUCCUUAAAGAAGAAGACAGAAUUGACCAGUAUGACUCACACGUUGAAGUAAAGCACGAUGUUACUAACUCCUAUUUUUAAUGAUUAAAAGAUAUGUGGUUGUGACAGUCGUAAAAUAAUUUGUAUUGCAUAUUAUCAAACAAUAGUUUUUAUUGGUUAGAAAUAUAAGCAAAAAAUAAAAACACUACAAGUUGCAA